AUGGAAUAUAUUAUAAAAAAUGAAAAAGAACUUAGUUUUAUAAAAAAUGCAGAAGUAAAUGUAUUCAACGUAGAUAAUAAUAAAAUAAAUAAUAUUCAUAAUAAUGUGACAUCUGAGUUAUGUAUUAAUAAUUUUAAUGUAUUAUAUAAUAAUGAUACAAUAAAGAAAAAAGAAAAAAAAAAUGGGGAUAUGAUAGAGGAAGAAGAUAAUUAUAGAAAUAGGACAAAUAUUAUAAAUAAAGAUAAUCGACAUAACCAAGAGACUAUCAUAAAAAAUGUUAUAACAUAUAAGAAUAAUACAAAUAAUAUUUUCUCUAAUGCUUUUAAUAAUAAUAAUAAUAAUAAUAACGCUUCUCAAAACGAUAUGUCAAUGAAUAUAUUAAAUAAUGAAUCCUCAAAUAAUAAACACCAAUUAACAAUAAAUAAAGACAACAACGGAAUAAAAAAAAGAAAGAAAAAAACGAAAAAUAAAAAUAUAUAUAUGAACUGUCAAUAUGAAGAAAAUAAUAAUAAUUUAAAUCAUAUCAAUAUACAAAUGAAAAAUGAAAUAAAAAAAAACAUCCAGAAAAAAAUGAAUCAAAAUGAUUAUUUAUUAUGUACUAUAAAUGAAUUCUUAAAACAAGGUCUCAAAAAUGAAUGUAUCCCAUUAUUUCAAAGAUUACAACAGAAUCUAUUUUUUUUAGUCAUGUUAGCUAAUAGACCAGAAGACAACUUAGAUGAUGAACAAAGUAAUUAUUCUUCAGAAUAA